UUUUUUCAUAUGGUAUUUAGGCCCAAGCAGRAGAUUUAUAUCCUGAGCAGACCGGAGCRGGCCUUCAAACAGAACUACCAUCACCUUCAAGUUUUACAACUUUCAAUGACCCAACAAACAUUGUUAUUACGUCUGAUGGAACACCAAACGGUAAUGAUAUUGUAUGGUUUAAGGAACAUAUCGCUGAUAGGUAUGGGUUCGUUAUGGAUGACAGUAAACUUGAGUGGAAAAGCCAAGGCGACUUUUCUGAACACCUGGGAAAAGCCGAAUUUGAAGACGCUGCGAAAAGGGCACUUGCAUUUUUCCAACGCAAUUCAGACUGGGUCCAAACAAAAGCAGAAUUCAUUACUGAGAAAGAUGGRAAGAAGACCUGUGAGCGACUUCUUUGCAUCGCCGCGGCGAGAUAUCUUUUAGUCACUUAUAUUUUAAGGAAGGAAAGUGACAACAAACUGAUUCGCUGUCAAAAGACGUUGGGCGGAGGCAAGACUGAAAUUCCUGAUUCGGUGUGCUAUCCAUCACCCCCAGGUUCUGCCACUUGCACGUCAGAUCAUGACGUGGGUUUAAUCGGAAAAGACUCGGGUAAUCUUGUAAAGAAGUUCAACGACUAUUUUGAGGGCACGUUCAAGAAAACCUCAGAGACAGUUUUUGAUACGAAUGUGUACGCUUACUCGCUUGAGCACGCUAUGCCACAGAUCUUCWWUGGUCUGCCARAAAASUUUGCAAAGUCCGUUGUUGAGAARCAAWACGAAGUGCGGUUCAAAAUGGAAGAGCUUGYUAGCGCUUACUAUAAGGUGUAUAAAUACGAUGAACCGUUCUUCAAAAAGCUAAUGGAUACCGCUAAAGACACCUUACAGCACACUGCUGCUCAAGGGUUCAAUGAAUGGGAAGAGAAGUUUCGURAGCAAAACGAAGAAAAUUCGUUGAAGGGCGAAAACAUUCGAGAAAGACAUAACCGCGUAUACGAGAGCAAGUUGAAAGAAAUAWGCRAUAGAGGAGGAUAYRUUGAURAWGCARAGAUAAACCUAGAGARCCUUGCAGUAGCUGAAAUUUAUGCGGCUGAAGCGUACCAUACCCGAGGCGCUAUCCGCCACAUUGUCGGUGGCUUGCAGAUGGAGUGCCCCGACUAUUCCGUUGAUAAACUCCCAAUGAUUGACUUAUGGGUCUCCAUGAUAGAGAAUUGGGGUGAAACACUCAAAGAAUACAACCACAACGGUUGCRUCUYGAAUAAACUCRAAUUUUGCCUUCCUAAGAUGAGCAAAUACAUGUGGAGAAUGCUUGMUGCCAUGAAAAUGUUAGCAGAGCGUAUUAGAAAAUGUGAAACUCCAGACGGCCAAGGCGUGACUUUAACAAAGUUGGAUGCAAAGUUUGUCUCUUUUGAAGGCAAUGACAGCGAGGACCCGGAAGCGAUUGCGAAGCAUUGGYUUAAUAAUUACAAAAAGAAAAAUCUUGACCUCGACGUUGGCGUCGAAAUGGMAAAGAUMACUAAUUUUUUWAAGAGGUUUGAAUGCCAAGWCAUARAUAUCAACAAUUCCUUGCYUYCCSAGUGCAUUUCUACUAUGUGUGAUAAAGUGAACGAGUACAAUAAGAAAUUGGCAGAGUUGUUCACRAAGRAWCACAAAUGAAGGCAUUUUAUUCUAYCUCAUAUAUCCUAAGAAUAUAAAUGUAAGCAAGUUAAGCCAAUGAUAGCAAAUAAAAGAAURUGUCUACAAAC